AUGGCGCCGUGGCACCAUCUUCAUGAAUGUGUGCUUCAAGACUGCAAUGCAUUCGAGAAGGCUCAUGGAAAGGACUUGUGGGCAUACGAGAAGGAUGACCCGGCUGUAAACGAUGUUUUCAACAAUUCCAUGUCCACGCUUACAGUUCUUGCUAUGGGGCAAAUCCUGAGCUGCUAUGAUGGUUUUAAGGAGGUGAAAAGUUUGGUUGAUGUGGGCGGAGGAAAAGGAACGACCUUAGCACACAUUGUGAAGGCUUAUCCCCACAUUCAUGGAAUUAAUUUUGAUCUUCCUCAUGUUGUUCAGACUGCUCCAUCAAUUCCACGUACAUCUACUCUAUUUCUUCCAUACUUUCCAAAAACUGUGGAUCACAAUAUUUAUGCGGGGAUCGAGAACGUGGGUGGCAGCAUGUUUGAUAGCAUACCCAUUGCAGAUGCCGUAUUUUUAAAGAAUGUAUUAAUAGACUGGGAUAAGGAGAGUUGCCUACAGAUACUUGGAAAUUGCCACAAGGCUUUGCCUGAGAAUGGAAGACUCAUAGUGGCAGAAAACGUGACAGUAGAAUCGUCGAGGCCAAAUAAAUCUAUUGAAAUGGUUGCGGAUCUGCUUAUGAUCGCCCUUGCAAAUGGAGGAAAAGAGAGGAACGAGCAAGAAUGGAAAAGGCUGCUUCAAAUGUCAGGAUUCAGCGUAAUAAAGAUGAUGGGACUGCCUGGACUAUUUUCAAAAAUGAAGAUUAUGGAAGCCAUUAAGGUUUAA